GCUAACUUCAGUAUCAUAAAAAAGGCAGAUUUACAAUCAACUAGAAACUACAAUAAUACAAUAAACCCAAUAAACGCAAGCAGUCAUGGCAUAACCAACCCAAAAGCAGAAAGUGGUUUCAUUUCGCCGCCAUCAGCUCAUCUUCAUCCAUCUUCCACAUUUAAUUACAAGAUGACUGAGGAAAAAAUGGAAUUUAACAUGUCUUUGAAGGAUUGGGGUAAUGAAAAAUUGCAACGAGCACAAAAAACGGUCGACGAGAGCCCGUAUGAUUUGGAAGCAUGGAGUAUUUUGAUAAGGGAAGCACAAAAUAGGCCUAUCACCGAGGUUAGACCGGUAUUCGAAAAACUCGUGACUAUUUUUCCAUCUGCUGGACGAUACUGGAAAAUUUAUAUUGAACAAGAGUUGUUCCAAAGAUGCCUAAUGAAAAUCUUGAAUAUAGAAUUAUGGAAGUUAUAUCUUUCUUAUGUUAAAGAAACUAAAGCGAGUCUUGCUACGUAUAAAGAAAAAAUGGCACAGGCGUACGACUUUGCUUUGGAUAAAAUCGGUAUGGAUAUUCAUUCAUACAGUAUUUGGAAUGACUAUGUCACAUUUCUUAAAAGUGUUGAAGCAGUUGGUUCCUAUGCAGAAAAUCAAAAAAUCAGCGCCGUUCGUAAGGUGUAUCAACGAGGAGUUGUUAAUCCAAUGAUAAACAUGGAGCAAUUAUGGAAAGACUACAUGGCGUUUGAACAAAAUAUAAACCCUAUUAUUGCUGAGAAAAUGGCUAUGGAGAGAUCAAGGGAUUAUAUGAACGCCAGGCGCGUUGCUAAGGAACUUGAAGCGAAUACUCGUGGAUUAAAUCGCAGCGCACCAAGUGUCCCACCUACUGGACAUCCUGAAGAACUUAAACAGGUUGAAUUAUGGAAAAAAUACAUCGCAUGGGAACGCAGCAAUCCUUUGAGGACCGAGGACACAUCACUUGUUGCUAGGCGAGUAAUGUUUGCUAUCGAGCAGUGUUUACUGUGUCUGGGUCACCAUCCAGCAGUCUGGCAUCAAGCGGCCCAUUUUCUCGAGUUGAGCUCGAAAAUCCUGACGGAAAAAGGCGACGUCAAUGCUGCUAAAAAUUUGAGCGAUGAAGCUGCCACAAUGUUUGAACGCGCUACCAAUACCUUGCUUGCUAAAAAUAUGCUGCUGUACUUUGCUCACGCGGACUUUGAAGAAGGGCGGGUUAAAUAUGAAAAAGUACACCAGAUUUACCAAAAGUACCUUGAUAUUCCAGAUAUCGAUCCGACACUAGCUUAUGUGCAGUACAUGAAAUUCGCUAGAAGAGCUGAAGGAAUUAAAUCUGCUAGAACAGUAUUUAAACGCGCACGUGAAGAUCCACGGUCGCGUCAUCAUGUUUAUGUCGCGGCAGCGCUGAUGGAAUACUAUUGCACUAAGGAUAAGAAUAUUGCAUUUAGAAUUUUUGAAUUAGGUCUAAAGAAAUUUGCUGAUAAUCCCGACUAUAUUUUGUGCUAUAUCGAUUAUUUGUCGCACUUAAAUGAGGAUAAUAAUACUCGUGUAUUAUUCGAAAGAGUUUUAUCAUCCGGUAGCUUAGAACCUGAAAAAUCAGUUGACAUUUGGAAUCGUUUUUUGGAAUUCGAAUCAAAUAUUGGUGACUUGGCGAGUAUCGUUAAGGUUGAAAAACGUCGAAGCGCAGUGUUAGAAAAGUUAAAAGAAUUUGAAGGCAAAGAAACAGCUCAAUUAGUUGACAGAUAUAAAUUUUUGGACCUUUAUCCAUGCUCGACGAUGGAACUAAAAUCGAUUGGAUACCACAUCGGAAAUUUGGGUAGAAAUAAUAUCGGAGGCUCGUUACAGAGAUCACAAGACAACGAAGAAGUUAUAGCUGCGUUACCUCGCCCAGAUAUAUCACAAAUGAUACCCUUUAAACCAAAAGUUCAUGCAGUACCCGGUGAACACCCAGUUCCAGGUGGCGCAUUUCCAUUACCACCAGCUGCCGCUCAACUGUGCACGUUACUUCCGCCACCGGGUUGCUUUCGCGGGCCUUUUGUCGCAGUCGACCUUCUUAUGGACGUUUUUAGUCGUAUACAACUACCUGAACAAGCUCCACUGCCAAUUGCAGACAAUGGAUGUGAUACAAAAUUAUUUGAUCUCGCAAAAUCCGUACACUGGAUCGUAGACGAAAGCAAUGACGGUCUCGGAAUUUCUACUAAAAGACGACGAACACGCAUAGGUGCUGAUGACAGCGAAGAUGAAGACUUACCACCGCCGCCUGCUAAUGACAUUUAUCGUCAGAGGCAACAAAAACGUGUUAAA